UCACCACAAUUCAUGAGUGAGUAGCUGAGAGAGAGGAAGAAAAAGCACUUAUCCUUCUUUGUACUUUCAUAACCCCCAAACUAUUAUCAUUCCAUUGCACAAACAUGGCUGCAAUGAUCAACGAGCAGUUGGCGUUUGCAUUUGGCAUCUUAGGGAACAUCAUCUCAGUCCUUGUAUUCCUGUCUCCAGGGCCAACAUUUUAUCGAAUUUUCAAGAAAAAAUCGACGGAGAGCUUCCAUUCCUUGCCUUACCAAGUAGCAUUAUUCAGCUGCAUGCUCUGGCUCUACUACGCUUUGCUCAACGGGAUGUCUAGUGCUCUGCUUCUCAUCACCAUUAACUCUUUUGGAUGUGUAGUAGAAACAAUAUACCUCACCAUGUUCUUUUCUUACGCCUCACGGCAAAGCAAGAUUUCCUCGAUGAGACUCUUCGCUUUCAUGAACGUGGGCCUAUUCUCUUUAGUUCUUAUCGUCACACAACUUGCCAUCAGAUCAGCUCCAGCUAGAAUCUCUGUUCUUGGAUGGAUAUGUGUUGCCAUUUCUGUCAGUGUCUUUGCUGCGCCCUUGAGCGUUAUGGUACGAGUUAUUAAAACGAAGAGUGUGGAAUUCAUGCCGUUCAAUCUAUCAUUCUUCCUAACAUUAAGUGCGAUUUUUUGGUUUGGCUAUGGAAUGUUCAAGAAAGAUUUCUGCGUUGCUCUUCCUAAUGUUGGAGGCUUCAUCUUGGGGAUGCUUCAGAUGAUUCUGUAUGCAGUGUACAGACACAAGAAGGUUGCAGAUGCGGAGAAGAAGCUUCCAGAAAACACAAAGAACGUCGCGAUGAUCAGCAAAAUAGUCCCCAGUGAAACUUCUAUGGUGGAUAUAGAAGGGUUUGUUAAUGGAGGUGAUGCAAAGGAAGAAGAUGCAGAAGAGAGAGAAAAAACAGAGACAGAUAAAAAGGAGGAAAGAAUAGACGCUUCAGGAAACCAGAAAGAAUGCCCAGUUUGAUAUUAGCUUAUUAAUCGUGAUUUUGCCCUUUCUUGUUUCUGGCUCCUUAUUUUUCUAUCUUUACUAAACCUCCCUCUCUACGUGUCUAUUAUUACACAGAAAAAUAUUGGGCUACUAAAUAUAAAUUGCAUUCACUAUGUUUAGGCCUCAUGUUGUUAUAUCAAUAUUUGGUAUGUAUUAUUAUUUGGAGAUACAAGAAUGGUUUACCUCAGUUUUUGAAAAAACUAAACUACUUUUGUUUGU